UGUGCAACAUUUAUGGAGCAUUAUAAUAGACCAACAAACUGCAAUAUAUCCAUUCUUCUCCUCAUUAUGCCCUCUCUCCCCCUCUUCCCUUCUACACACAGAAAAAACAUAAUCCAUGAGGGUAGCCUGAACCGGAUGAGCUCUGUCGAUCUCCGAACUCUUCUCCGAACAACCACGAAGAGAAGCGGCGUUACAGAGGAGGAGAGGAUCCAAUGGCUGCGGUCGCAGGUGAUCGGAUGCGAUGUAGAGUUUGACACGCCUUUCGGAAGACGCAAGCUCACUUACGCUGAUCAUACUGCAUCAGGGAGAUCCUUGCAUUAUAUUGAAGAUUAUAUUAUAGAACAAGUCCUCCCAUUUUACGGAAACACACACACUACCGACAGCUUUGUGGGCAAUAAAACCACGAAAAUGGUGCACGAGGCGACUGAGUACAUAAAGGUUUGCGUAGGAGCAACCCACGACGAUGCUGUAAUCUUCUGUGGCUCUGGCACCACAGCAUGCAUCAAGAGGCUUCAGGAAAUCAUGGGAAUCUCAGUUCCUUCGACGGCAAGGAACAAGAUGUUGAAGAAUCUGAAAGACGAAGAGAAAUGGGUAGUUUUUAUCGGUCCAUAUGAGCAUCAUUCGAACAUCCUGUCGUGGCGUCAGAGCCUGGCAGAAGUGAUCGAGGUUGGUAUCGAUGAGGAUGGGCUUAUCGAUCUGGAGAUGUUGAAGGUUGAGCUUGAAUCGCUGAAAUUCGCGAACAGGCCUAUGUUGGGGUCUUUCUCGGCAUGUAGUAACGUUACGGGGAUGCUUAGUGACACGAGAGCAAUUGCAAACCUUUUGCAUCGGUACGGCGCUUUCGCUUGCUUCGACUUUGCUGCAAGCGGUCCGUACGUAGAUAUCGACAUGAAAUCAGGAGAUGUCGAAGGAUAUGAUGCGAUAUUCCUCAGUCCACAUAAGUUCGCCGGCGGCCCAGGAACUCCGGGCAUCCUUGUGAUGAACAAAUCCCUCUACCAACUAAAAGACUCUCCUCCCUCAACUUGUGGAGGUGGAACUGUUGCCUACGUCAAUGGCUUCAAUGAGAAUGAUACAUUGUACUAUGAGGAUAUUGAAGAGAGAGAAGACGCAGGAACUCCACAGAUCAUACAAAAGAUACGAGCAGCUUUGACAUUCUGGGUAAAGGAAUACGUUGGACAUGAUCUCAUUGACCUUUACGAAACUGUUUACAUCGAAACUGCAAUGAGAAGGCUGCUUCCAAAUCCGAACGUUUACAUUCUAGGAAACACCCGUGUCAAAAGACUACCCGUUAUCUCCUUUCUCGUGUUUCCUAAUGAAAAUUCGACGAGCCACAUGGAUUACGAACUAAGUAAUGGUAGCGAGAAUAUAUUCGCUAAGAAAGGAAAGCCACUUAAUGGGAGGUUCGUCGCAAAACUGUUUAAUGAUCUCUUCGGUGUCCAAGCUCGUGGCGGUUGUGCUUGUGCAGGCCCUUACGGUCACUAUUUACUUGGUAUAAAUGAGAGGAUGUCUCUUAAAAUACGAGACCUUAUAGACAAGGGCUAUAACGGGCUGAAGCCUGGAUGGACGAGGAUUAGCUUCUCAUAUUACAUGGCAAAGGAUGAGUUUGCUUUCGUUUUAGAGUGUUUAGAGUUUGUUGCAGAAUUUGGGCAUCGGUUUCUUCCUCUCUAUGAAUUUGACUGGAUCACCGGUGAUUGGACCUUUAAGAAACGUGCUUUCAAGUAUCAUCUUAUGAAGGAAGAUCUCACCGCUGUGACGAGAGAUCUGUAUGGUACUCUUAUGAAGGGUGAAAGAGAAAAAAUGCAGAAGAGUUCAAGUAAGUUCAGGAAUUACUCUGAGAAUGCUCGCAGACUUGCACGUUCUCUUCCUGAUGAUUAUCAUAGAACGACUAGUGCUCCUGCAGAUAUAGAGGAAAGCAUGGUCUUGUUCAGACUCUGAUUCAACUUGAGCUUGUUGUAUACAGAAGAUAUUAGGAAAGUAAUAAACAUGCGAAAGAAAUACCAAUUACAAUAGAGAA